GUGAUUGCCUGACAGCGGCUGGAGAAGGACAACAAAGCCAGUCCAGAGGAGGAUUUGUCCUAGAGAUCACUUAGCUGAGGGGGAGCAGGUAAGGCUCGGGUAAAUGGACAAACCACCCUGAGGCUCACAACCUUGUGGAGGUGGCAAGGAAGCGAGGGUCUCUUCUGAUUUCAGGCCCAGGUCCUGCAGGUCAGAAACAGGUAAAGACUAAUUCUGCAUCCACAGAAGACCUGCCUUGAGAGUAACCUUUCCUACCAGCUCCACAUGUAGCAGGAAGGAGCUGGGCAUGGUCCAGAGGCAACACUCUGAAUUGGACAGGAUAAGAAAUGUUUGUUUUUUAACCCUGUGUGUGUUUCAUAUCUCUGAUUCAGACAGGUUUUUCCUCAACUGUGAACCUGAAGCCACCAAAUGGUUCCUGAUGCAGGGUCUCCUUCAGAGCCAGGAUGGAUAAGGCAUGGUGCACAGCCAGUGUGGACAGGAACACUGGAUGUCAUUAGAGUAAAUGUAGCGUGAGAUAUAUUGGUAAUGCAGAGCUGGGGAAUAGAUCCUUUCCUGGGCAUUGACAGGGAUAAAGACCCCCCAAAGGUAGAAGACAGGCGGAGAGCAGCAGAGAGGAUUCAAACAUCUACCUGAAAGGAGCAGGAGUUCAAUCUGGUUUGGAGUGAAGGGCCAACAUGGACAAGUUAGGGAGUGACAAGUCUCCUGUGAGUGGGGAAGCACCGAGGGAAAAGGGCAGGAAAAAGGAGAAGUGCAAAUUCUUGGAAGGGAAGGGGCUGUCUAAAGGGCUAUGGUCAAACCACCCUAGUGAUGUGAUCCUGUAGUCCCUUUUCACCUAGCGGACCUCACCCACCGGCUACAGCUCCUAGGAAGCAGCGGAGGCUCCAGAGAAGAGCGUCAGGACCCCUCAGUGCCUGAGCCUCAAGUGGAUCACAGCACACCCGGAGGGUCUGUGAGCAUCUGCCCAGCAGCGCUCCAUCCCCCAGGGCAAGAUGGACAGGCUGAGGCAGAUGCUGAAGCACAGGACGACCAAGGUGUCCCCAGGGGAGGAGGUCAGCAGCAGGAGGCCUGUGCCAGAGGAGGAGAGCAGCCCGAUUGGUGCAGUGGGCACAGUCAAGACCAGGUGGUGGACAUGCCUGCUGUGCUGGAGAGGGAAGCCCGCAGCUCCUGGAACAAAGACCAAGGAGGCAGAGGAGCCCUCUCGGAAAGCAGGGUGGUGCCCCGGCUCCGUUUGGGCAGGCGGGACCCAGCACAGGAAGAGCACCAGGCAGGGCUGCCGUGCAGCUCCCCUCCCAGGGCACCCAGCCACCAGGAGCUGUGCCCUGAAACCAGGCCAGAGGAGGCGGCCCCCUGCAUUGCCAUGGAGGGGGACCCAGCUUCCCUGGGGCACGAGGUCAGCAAGCCCUGCCCGAGCCCCAGCCUCAGCUCCAGCUCUUCCCAGGGAGACCUUGACAGCUCUGUGGAGUCCGGGAGCAACCCGCCCUAUGGCACCACCAUGAAAGUGAUUCCCUACCGGCCAGGUGAGGAGGUGGAGGAAGAACAGGAGGGUGAAGACCUGAUGCUCCUGGAGGAAGAAGCCCUCACAGACAUCAUACUGCACCUCCAGGGCCAAGGAAAGGACAAGGAGCAUGGAGACCGCUUCCUUCUUGCCAUCCCCGCACUCUGCAGAGCCACCAAGCAGAGGGGAGAGGACACCCUGGAGCCGGAGACCUGCCAAGUGGUUCUGCUACAGAAGAUCAUGGGCCUGAUGGAGACAGUGACACAGGAUGAAGAGCCAAACAGGAUCCUGUGCAACAGCAUAGCUGCCAUCUGCAGCCUCAGCGAGCUGAAGCCAGCCCUGGAGCCAGCCAUGGAGUCGUGCCUGGUGCAGACCACCCUGAAGAUCUGCCUGAUGUCCCCAAGACACAACAGCCUUUAUGUCAGGACCAAACAGCAGAAGCACGUGGAGGACCUGGAGGCCAUGCUGAGGAGCCUGUUGGCCACCGCACCCAGCUUGGGCAGGCUGCAGUUCCUUUGGGAGUACCUGACAUCCUGGCUGCAGUCUCCUGGCGCCAUAGACAGGGCGAAGGCCAUGAGGAGCAGCAGUGCCCUUCUCCACUUUGCUGUUUCCCUCCUCCCACAGUUUGAGGACUCGCCCGACCUGCCCCAGAUGGGUGACACCGCGGCCCAGCUGUGUCUGUCCCUCAGCCACCCAGCAGCAGACAUCAGCUGUCAGGCCAGGGAGGGCAUCUACCUGCUCGCCCAAAUCCUGCUGCACCACAAGGGCCGAGACAUGCAGGAGGCAGAGGGGCUUCUCCAUCUAAGCUGGGAACAGCAGAGCCAGGUCCAGAGCUACAUGGACCUGGCCCAAGUCGGGGAGGUGUUUCAAAAGAUCUUAUCAGAGGGGCAAAGGAGAUCUUUCGUGCAGAGGGCACUUGCGGGGGUGCUGGACAUGAACAUGUGUGCCAGCUGUGCUGCGCUGAUCCUCCUCUAUGCCAUCCUGGGGGAAGCCGGCCACCUGAUCGGGGACAAGGAGGAAGAAAUCCCCGCCAGGAUCAUGAGAAAGCUGCUGUUCAUGAAGGGCUUCAAACAGCUGCCCAGAGAGCUCCAGGGCCACAGCCUGCUGGCAAGCUCCUCCAGCACCCCCUGCCCUCUGCAGCAGCCCAAGGUCCUUUCUGCAGGCCUGUGCAUAUGUCCAUCCACAUGUGGCCUACACAAUUCUGGGUCUAGCAUGGAGAGCAAGGUGGGAAAGAGGAACCACAGUGUGGUCAUAGCGAUCAUUUUGCUGGGACUUUCUGACCAGGGAGAGCUGCAGUGGCUCAUUUUUGUGGUUUUUUCCCUGGUCUAUGGUGUCGCUGUGCUGGGAAACCUCACUAUAAUCACACUGGCCUCCUUGGACUCUCAACUGCACACCCCUAUGUACUUCUUCCUCAGCAACCUGGCCUUCUUGAACAUCUGCUAUGUCUCUAUUGUCAUCCCAAAAAUGCUGACUAACAUCAUAACAGGGAGAAAGAGCAUCUCCUACGAGCUGUGUGAAACUCAGGCAUUUGUCACUCUGUUCCUGGGCUCUGCUGAAUGCUUCAUCCUCACAACGAUGGCUUUUGACCGCUAUGUAGCCAUAUGCAACCCCCUGCGCUACAAUACUAUCAUGAACAGGAGAGUGUGCAUCAACCUGGCAACAGCUUCAUGGACAACUGGCUUCCUGGCAACAGCCAUUCCUUCACCUUUCUUGUGGCCAGUGCUGUGUGGCCCCAAUGUCAUCAAUCAUUUCUUCUGUGAAACCCCAGCCCUGAUCAAGUUAUCCUGUGCAGACACCUCCAGCACAGAGAAAAUGAUGGUUAUAGGGGGUUUCUUCACCCUCAUGUUCCCUCUCUUCCUUGUCCUGGUGUCUUACAUUGGCAUCAUCCAGGCUAUACUGAAGAUUGGCUCUGCUGUGGGGCGCCAGAAAGCCUUCUCCACAUGCUCCUCUCACAUGACUGUGGUGACCAUAUUCUAUGGGACGGGGAUGUUCAUGUACAUGCAGCCCCAGGCACAGCACUCCCCAGACAAGGACAAGGUGAUUUCUGUCUUCUACGCUGUUCUCAACCCCAUGCUGAAUCCCCUUAUCUACAGUCUGCGCAACAGGGAGGUGAAGGGAGCCCUGGGCAGAGUGCUACAAAGGUACAAGGCCUUUGGAAGAAUAUAGCCUUCCCUUCCAUAUCCAUGCAAUGCGGUGUCAUGUAAAGGGCGUUUAGACACACACAGUAUUGUUUGGCCAUUUCCAGCUGCCUAUAAGCAGGCCAGGGGGAGUCAUGAAAGGGCAGAUAGCACCUCACAGUGAACUGCCAAAGUCUGUGUGAUAACCAUGGAAGUCAGUUAAAGAAGUUGACCCCAGCAGGGAUCUUGCCCCUUCACUACAUGUGAAAUUUAUCUGUCACAAUGAUCUGUGCUUAGUCUGUGACCAGAAGUCACUGUUUAUGGGGCUGUAAAGGUUUAGUUUUACAAGGACACACUGCUCUAGCAUAGUAGAGGUCACAUGGACAAAAAGGAAAGGAAGAGGAGCACCCCUGUCCAUACGGGAAUGGAAAUGGGCCAAACAGUCAGCUUGAAGGAGCUUUUAUCCAGUCUGCAAUGAAGAUGCAGCCUUGUUUUGCCAGACUGACAAAAGUACUGAGCAGCAUGCACGGAUACUUUCUUCCACUCGGGGCAGAGCAUUGGCUGCUGAUGAAUAGAUGGACCGGACGGAGCCAGUGAGACUGCAGAAAUCAUGAGGGGCUGAGGAAAAUGCUCAGAAAUGCUCAAAAGACAUUUUUUUUUAUUCUUGGAGCCAUUACUGUUAAAUGUACGUCUUUCUCACAUUCCUAAAAUGAAAUAAAGUUUUGGCCAUCUUGAUAGUGCA